AUGGAUACUAGGCUAGACAGGUUAUUAAUCUUACUCGACAGUGGUUCUCAUUCAGCGAUUAAGCGAGCAGCAGCGGUGCAGCUAGGAGAUAUAGUAAAACUUCAUCCGGAAGAACUAGACAACUUGCUCAACAAAGUAUUUGUUUAUUUUACCAAAAAAAAUUGGGAUACUAGAAUCGCUGCAGGCGAAGCUGUAGAAGCAAUUGCUAAAAAUGUACCUUUGUGGAAUCCAAGUUUCAAUUGUCGUAACAGUACAUCAUUACCAAAAGUAAAGGGAGUCAAUGUCGAUAAAUUUAACUUGACUCGUGUAAUGCAAUCUGCUUCUGUUAUGGUAUCAUCUGUCCACGAUAAUGAAAGUGAACAACUAACAAGUAAAGACAUACCAGUCAGUCAGCAAAUUGCCGAACAGAAAACAGCGUUAAAGAAGGUGUUUACUAUUAAAGGAGCACCACAGGAUGUAUUUGGUACGGAAGAAUUAUUUGACGAUAAAGAUUUAGUUCUCCAUUCUACUGAAGAACUAUCAGGACGAGUAUAUAGGAGCCCACUCAAAAUUAUCGAACAAGAAAUUACUGCAGCUUUAGUAGUAGAUAACUUUCCUAUUGCACCACUAAAGAGAAGAGCCGAUAAUGAAGUUGCCGAGCUACCAGUAGCAAAAAAAAUGCAUUUAAAAGUAGAUAUGGAAGGGAUGGAACAGGUAGUCAAGGGUGAUAGAGAGGCUAUAAUAACUAAAGAUCAGCCUCAAAGUAAAUGGCCGUUUGCGUGGUUUUGCGAUAAGCUAGUGAAAGAGUUAUUUAAUGUAGAAUGGGAGGUAAGACAGGGUGCGGCUAUCGGUUUACGUGAAAUAAUUAAACUUCAUGGAAUCAGAGCCGGUUAUACAAAUGAAGCCCCUAUAGAAACGCAAAAACUUCAAAACGCAACUUGGUUGUCAAAACUAGCACUCAAGCUCGUUUGCGUUCUAGCACUUGAUAAAUUUGGCGACUUCGCUUCGGAUGAGGUUGUAGCUCCUGUCCGGGAAACCUGUGCUCAAACUCUAGGGGCAGCUAUACACCACAUGAGUGAAGACAAUGCUAAACAAAUUUUACAUUUGUGCCUAUCUAUGCAGCAACAUUCGAAUUGGGAAGCACGACAUGGUGGAUUACUUGGGAUUAAGUAUUUAUUAGCGGUUAAACAGUCCAUAGUAAGGGAAGUUCUUCCGUCUAUAUUACCAUCAAUUCUUGAAGCAUUAAAGGACCAUAAUGAUGAUGUAAAAGCCGUUGCUGCCGACACUUUGGUACCCGUAACGCAACACUUAAUUGAAACAUUUCCAAACAAGAUUACAUCUAUACUUAAUAUUCUAUGGGAUAGCGUUAAAAAUCUUGAUGAUCUUACAACAUCGACUAGCAGUAUCAUGACACUUUUAUCGUCACUAUCAUUAAGAGCAGUAAAAGCAGGUUGCUUAUCCUUACAACCUUUCCAUCAAUUAGUCCCAAGUCUUUGGCCGCCAAUGUCACAUACGGUAGCAUCAGUUCGUGAGGCUGCACUUGAUACGCUUAGAACCUUAUUAGAAUCAAAUGAUAUUGAUGGCGAACCUCCAGCCCAGUGUUCAUGGACACCUGAUAUAAUAAAUAAGACGCUUCGUUUUCUUUAUCAGAGAAUUAUCCUAGAAAGUAAUAUUAAAAUAUUUGAUAUGUUACUAGAUGUUUGGCGGUCGUUUCUUAUGCAUUGCUCUUUAUCUGACCUAAACUUUUCGUGUGAAAAAUCCCUUAAUACUUGGUUGUACUUGCUUAUGACAAGACAGAGGCAAAACAUUGAAGGUCAUGUUUUACUCCCGACGAAAGAAUCUGAACCGACCAUAAAUUCAUUUAUUGGAGGUUGCAUCUCUGCUGAUGAUCCAACAACAAUCGAAAAUGCUGAUACAAGAGCUCGAUUCGGUGCUUCCAGGGCACUGGGCUAUUUAUGCUGUCAUAUUAUGAAACUAAAUUCUACUUCACUGUCCUAUCGUAUUUUAAAUGAAUUCUUAAUGAGUGCGUUGAAUACCAAUUCUGCCGUGAAUAUUAUGUGUACUAGUUUAGUCCUUUACGAUUGGGCGUCUAUUGCACGCAAGGAAUACAAUAGCGACUUGGAAAAAUGUUUCCCAAGAACCCUUACAAAUAAAUUGGCGUUAUUGUUAAAUCAAGAGCCUGGCAUCUAUGACGAAUUAUUCACUAUGAAUGAUAGUAUGCAGACAGGAACCAAGGCUGUAGCUAUACAUCUCGUUAGAGCUGGCUUUAGAGAUAGAAUAAAGAUACCUGCUGGGGAGUUUACCAUUGAUGAGGCGAUACGCCUUUGCAAUUUUGCUAUUAGUGAGGCUAAAAGCAGUAAGGAAAUUAUCAGCAAAGUUAAAGCACUAGUUCCAGUCAUAAACGAUCUAAAAUUAAUGAUGGAUAGAUGGCGAACAAAGGUAGAAAGUGUUAUUGCUGGUGCUUUGAUCGCUUGGGGUCAAUUGACGGAAAAAUUCAAUCCGAUCGUAAGACCUUUAAUGGAUUCUAUAAAGAAAGAAGAUAAUCAACUUUUUCAAAUGAAGGCAGCAAAUAGUAUAUCCUUAUUGCUUGAAAAAUGCAUUAACCGAUUACCAUGUCCGAACCCCAAAAUAUUCAAAAAUCUCUGUAGUCUUUUGUGUACGGAUCCGAGUAAAACUCCAGAUGUUUCAAAUUUUUGGAUUCUUCAAAAUUUACUAGCAUCACCUGUAACCGGCAAGCCGAGUACUCCAAUCUCUCCUGGUACCGCUAGUCCCUUUGAUGUUUCAUUUACAUGUAACAAGGAAGCAGGAAUUAUAACAUUAUUUAAUCAACAUAAGUCUAAUCAAGUUCAGAUUCAAAGAAUAGGAGCGGAGCGAGCAGUGACAACUAUCGCGCGGUACUUUGGUAGAUCGCUAUUUGAGAAAUUGCCGUUCUGUUCAAAUCAUUUAAUGGUUCCUUUAAUGUCUCCAAAAGAUGCUUUACACGAACUUGAUUUUACCAAAUAUAAAGAGGAUGCUGCAUCUCAAAAAAUUGUAAUAGCACUUCAGAUACUAGAAGUGCUGGCACCAUCGAUUGAUGCUUCUUUACAUGAAAAGGUCUUGAGGUCGCAGUAUCAACAAAUCUUGCACUGUGCGAUUUUUCCCUAUACAGCUGUGCGACAUUUAGCAGCUCGCUGCUUAGCUGUUUUGGCAACGCUGGAUUUGGUUGGAGUCAUGGAUAUGAUAAUUAAAAAAAUCAUACCAGCGCUUGGUGAUACUGAACGUGAUGCUUUUAGGGAAGGGUCUAUAGAAGUUAUAGCUAGUAUCCACGCUUUCAUAAUAGAUUAUUGA